AUGAAAGUUCGUCUGCUGGUAGCGAAAAAAGAAUUCAAGAAGAAUUCGGGCUUUGUGAAUUUGAAUGAUAGUGAACAUGAAGAAAGUGGUAACGAAGGUACAUAUUUGAAUUUCCUAGAAGAUAGUAGUGAUGAAGAACCAAAGAAGAAACAAAAAAACAAAUCGAAUAAAAAGAAUGGCUCUAAGUCUUCAAAGAAAAGAAGCCUAAAGCACGAUAGUGAUGAGGAUGAGCCUGUCACCACAAAGAAAUCGAAGAAGGAUGAAGGAGAAGAUGCAAAUUCUGGUGAAUUAGCGGCUAAUCAAGAUUUUAUUGGGUUUGAUUUUUCAGAAAGUGAAAACGAGGCUGAUGAAGACGAAGAAGAAGAAGAUUACAGUACCAGAGGUGAUGGGAAAGUCAGCGUGAAUAAUCAAUUUCCUUGGAUUCUUAAUCACGAUCAUUCUACACAAAAAGAGAUUGCAGAUUGGUUGAGUUUAGAGAUUCUAGAUUUUGUCAGUUACAUUUCUCCCUCCAAAAAGGAGAUCAGGGAGAGAAACGGAUGUAUUUCAAGGCUUACUGCCGCCAUUGAAAGCUUCUGGAGAGACUCCCAUGUUUACGUCUUUGGGUCAUAUGCGACAGAUCUCUACUUACCACACUCUGAUAUCGAUAUGGUUAUCAAAACUGACGAUCCGGACUCUGGGUACUUGAAGGAUAAUCGUUCUUCUUUGUACAAGCUAGCAAAUUACUUGAAAGGCAAACAGAUUGUCCAUGAUGUGCAAGUGAUUGCUCACGCCAAGGUUCCUAUCAUUAAAUUGGUCGAAUCAGUCUCCAAUAUUCAUGUGGAUAUUUCUUUUGAGAGGUCUAAUGGGAUUGAUGCUGCCAGAAUCAUUAAAGAGUGGUUGGAUACUACACCAGCCAUGAGGGAAUUAACAUUAAUUGUGAAACACUUUUUAUCCACUAGAAAGCUAAACGAUGUUCAUCUAGGUGGAUUGGGAGGGUUUUCUACGAUUUGUUUGGUUUACACUUUUUUGAAAUUACACCCUAGAUUAUCCACCACAUCAAUGGAUCCAAUAAAGAAUAUUGGGGUGCUAUUGAUCGAGUUUUUUGAACUUUAUGGUAAAAAUUUUGGGUAUGACAACGUUAUUGUUGCUCCAGUGUGUAAAGAAAAUAACGGUGCACCAGGUUAUUUGAACAAGAUGCAUUAUCCAGCUUUGCAAGGCAGAAACCCUUUCCAACUAACUAUUCAAGAUCCUAGUGAUCCUGCAAACAAUAUCUCCAGGGGCUCGUUCAACAUUAGAGAUCUAAAGAAAGCCUUCACUGGUGCAUUUGAGUUACUCGUGAAUAAGUGCUUUGAAUUGGAAAGUAAAACGUACAAAGCGAGAAUUAAUCAAUCUAUUUUGGGAAAUAUAAUAAAAUAUAAAGGGGAGACGAGAGAUUUUGUUGAUGAGCGCGGGUUGGUUAAGAAUGUUGCGGCUAUAGAGAACCAGAUUUUUUACUAUGAGCAAGAUGCCAGAAGGCCACUAAUCAGUGACAGAACUACUGAUUAUGUCGACUUAGAUGAAAGUGAAGAUCAGACGAAAGAUUCUGAUGGUGAUGGAAGCAGUGAAAGUGAUGAAGACGAAGAUUUUAGCGACGAAGAGGAUGAUGACGCUUCUCAGGAUUCUAGUGAUGAUGAGGAAUCGAUGCUUAAGAAAAUUAGCUAUGAUGAUAGCGAUAAUGAUGAUAGUCAUGUUACCAUGGCCGGUAAGGCAUCCCACGUAUCGGUUGAUAAUCUCAUGGGUUUAAGUGAUGACGACCAACUGGCCAGCCAGGUAUAUAGUCCUUUGGACAAAACGAUUGAAAAAAAGCCUGAAGGAGCAUCGAAAAGUGCCAAACGAGACUAUUGGUCUAGAAAGGGAAGCCUUGAUUUUGGGCAAGGUGAGCAAUGA